UUUCUAGUGUUUUCUUUAUUUUCAGAUUUCAAACGUGAAGCUUUCCCUUGCGGCUACAGCUGUCCAUCUUACUGCUCACCAGAAUGUUCUGAUACCUGCUGUAACCCUUACUCCAUACCCCCAGCUCCUGCCCCACCUCCUCCUCCGCCACAGCCUGGACCACCAGGACCUGAUGGCCCUGUAGGCCCGGCAGGACCUCCUGGGCCAACCGGGCCUAAGGGAAUGCCGGGUCCUCCCGGGCUACCAGGACCCCCAGGACUGCCUGGAGCCCCUGGUAGCUUAGCUGGUCCGCCUGGUAAGUACGAUACCAGCUCAGAAAAAACGUGUUUACACACAUAACAAAAAUGCCUGUCACCAAAUAAAGUGGCAAUGCCAGUGAAUGACCGUUUUCCUCCCUUCCCUUAUCCGUUAAGGGUAACACCAGAAUUAUACGCCUUGGUUUCUAGAACAAAGCAACGCUGAAAAGGGGGUUGGGAGGGGGCUUCCUUUAUUACUUUGUUCUGUUUAGACGAGAUGGUUGUAUGGUGCGAAAGCUAAUUUUCAGUUAUCGGUAAAUCAUCUUCACGAAUCUUUCUCUUCUAUUAAGGCAUUCCUGGGUCUUCUGGAAGUCCAGGACAACCUGGAAGUAUGGGUGAACCAGGCGACAUGGGAUACCCGGGCCCCCCUGGGCCCCCGGGACCAGCAGGCCAAACAGGACUAAUGGGUAAGCUGCAAGGAAACUUGUCAAAGUUGUUUAGAUCGAAAUGUCUCUGACAGUCAGCGGCUUAUAUUAUGGCGUAGUUUGUUAGCUUUAGCUUUUAAUCUACUCAACCUCUAUCCAGCAAGUUAUGAAGAUUCCCUAAAGUUCUUCAGGCGAGCAGAUCAAACCACAAUACAACCCAACAUUAAUUAUCGGAGCCAAAAAAUCAAACAAACAUAUGCAGUUCGACCUCGAGCGGGUGAUUGUUGAUUAUCUUCAAAGAACAGAAGUUGACGUAAGGUCACUUCUUUUUCACAAUAUGGAAUAAUUUGGGAUACUUUGCAAAAAUUAAACGAGGAUUUAAUGUUGUUUUUUUUUUUAAAGACCUGUCCUUUUGACAUGUUUGUCAUUUGGAUUUCAACAGUUUUUAGUUGGUGGGGAGGGCGGGGGGGGGGUCGAAAGCCUGUCACUAUCCUGUCGCUAUUUUCUACUCGAUAAAGAGAUGGUUACGUUCUGGUCGCCUGAAACCACUUGAACCUUAUUCAUUUUCACGCCUUGUGCCGUUUUGUGCCAUGACAUUGGUACUGUGACUGUAUAUACAUGGAUGCAAAGUGUAUUCACAUCGAACUCUGAAAAGUACUAGGCCCUUACGGUUCAGUGUUCCUAAUGUAAAUCCCGUUUGACUAGCAAUCGGGGAGUUCGUUAGCUCGAGUUGUUUCUGAUAUUUUUCAGUGGAUUGUCUAUAAACCACAGCUUGGGCAGCUAUUCAACAACAAUUCCACUAUCUAUGAACAAAUAACUAUUCGUUUUAUAACAGGACCAAAAGGAGUUCCUGGUGAAAACGGCCCAGUGGGCGCUAUCGGAGAGAUGGGCAUCCCGGGAGACCAGGGUCUUCCAGGUCCCCCGGGUCUUCCAGGACCAGCAGGACUACCCGGAGUUCCAGGCACUCAAGCCAUCGCGCCAUGUCCAGAGAUUUGUGAGACUAUCUGCAUUAGCUCAUGUCGCAGCGACUGCUGCAAACAGAAUGAUGCUGCUGCAUCUGGAGGUAACCGGAACUUCUGUUCUAAGAAAUACGUUUUUCCUUUCUUUGUAACGGAGCAAGGAUUUGCUGCUCAGGUCACCAUUUGUACUCUUCAAAUUACGCACUUGAAACCAAAAAUGGUCCGCAUGACGAGGGAUCUUGAAUAAUUGGCGACUCUCUUUUUAUUUAAUAAAAGGUCAAUAUUGCAUGUUGCCAACACAGAUCUGCUCAACGCAUGAGUAAAUUCAAAAAUACAGUCGACUCUCUUAACGGACACCUCUAUAAGACGGACACCUCUGUAAAACGGACACCUAUAGAGUUGGUCCCUGCCUUUGCUUAUUCCCUUUAUUUGACGCUGCAUAAGACGGACAUCUCCAUAAGACGGACACUUUGUGCCGGUCCCAAAGGUGUCCGUCUUGGAGAGAGUUGACUGUAUGCCUAAAAGUAUAAAUCAUAAUUCAUUUCCCCACGCUCUCUUAACAACUAAGGAAUUGCUGCAGCGAGUGGCUCGACUGGAGCGGCAGGAGCUGCGGGAAAUCAAGGCUCCCCAGGAGCGGUUGGAGAUCCGGGUGCUCGUGGUCCACCGGGACCUCCUGGACCGCCGGCAACAGCACCGCCCAUUUUAUAUGGUCCACCCCCCGGAAAGCCUUGGCCAGCAGGUUUGUGCGGUACUCUAUAUUUAAAAAAAAAUAUGAUAAUAGCGAAAAGAGUUCUGAUUAAUAAAUAUAUGGUAUCUUCAGAUUCCGAUCGUUGAGUGUUCUUUUUGCAAUUCAGACGAUCUCCAAUCUACUUUUCCAAGUUAGCGGAAGAAUAAGGAUGGCACCAGUAAAACAGGAUAUCCAGUACCAAUAAUUAUUAUGAUACGCUGCAGAUGUUUUGCCCAAAGACGGCGUGUGUCCCUCAAAAUAAAUUUGAACUGUCGCUCGUUGCGCGGAUCGGACAAAGAAAUUUUAUCUAGGUCUUGCCUGUCUUCUGAACGCGCAAAAUGUUAGAAAUAAGACUACGAUAACUUGAACGUACUAGCCUUACAAGCAAAAACGUUAUGCGAAAAGAGAUGCUUGUCCUCCUGAAACGUAAUGGCGAAAAACUUUAGUUUCAUUCUAAUUGUGGUCAUUUAUUUAUAUAUCCUGUCAAAAAGACAGGGUCAUCUUGGCCGGAUAUUGUCCCUUAACCGGCUGUUAAUUUGAGCCCUGAUCUAUUCCUGGCACUCUUAUCGCAGGUGUACCGCUGCCAACCUGGACCAGCAAGGAAGGAGGAACUGGAGCUGACGGAGCACCAGGAACAGCAGGGGCACAGGGAAAUCAAGGCUCCCCUGGUACAAUGGGAGACCCAGGGGCACCUGGUCCACCGGGACCUCCAGGACCUCCGGCAACAGCACCACCUAUUUUAUAUGGUCCCCCACCGGGAAAACCUUGGCCAGCAGGUAUUAAAAAUUUGGGGACAAAAUACUCAGAUAUACCCAAGGAGGUAUUUUUAGUUAGAACAUGUACGUUCUUGGUUAAGAGAAUGAGAAACCAAACUUAUAAUUUCGCACUAGUUACAGUGGUACUGUAUCAGAUUUCAUUUGCAAUAGUUUUUGUGAGUAUUGCAGGAAAAUCAAGGAUUAUUCCCAAAAUCAGUGCAAUAAUUCCUCAUAAUUAUGAAAUGAUGAUCUGCCGACUUCAUCGGCGUAAAGAUGAGAACAUGCUUUGACUUGAGAAGACAACAGUAUAUACAUGUAACUUAACCCCAUGCGACUUCGGCAUGUUAGGAGUUCCUCUCCCGAGUGGGUCAGAGAUGGGAACAGGAGCGGAUGGAGCAACGGGAACAGCAGGAGUUGCUGGAAAUCAAGGCUCCCCAGGAGCAGUUGGCGAUCCGGGCGCCCCUGGUCCACCGGGACCUCCAGGACCCCCGGCAACAGCACCACCUAUUUUAUAUGGUCCACCACCUGGGAAACCUUGGCCAGCAGGUAUUACAAACUUGCUUCAAUUUAUUGUGAGUUUGUACGUACAUAAGUUUGAAGAGAGCGAGGAAACAAGCGCGUAGGUUUGCACAGGUACUAUAUUCAUAUUUUACUUUCGAAGUUCUAGUAAAUAUUCCAACAAAAAAUUUCCAAAAAUGUGUUAAUCUCCAAACCAUUACAAUAAUGCUAUGAAAUUAUCAAAGGGAGCGAAGGUCUGCCAACUACAAGGCGUAACGCUGAAAACAUGCUUUGACGUGCAGACAACAUGAGUUUCUGAACAUAGUGUUUACCCAUGCGACUUUGGCUAUUUCAGGCGUUCCUCUUCCGAGUGGGCCAGAAGUGGGAACAGGAGCGGAUGGAGCAUCUGGAACAGCAGGAGCUGCGGGCAAUCAAGGCUCCCCAGGAGCAGUUGGAGAUCCGGGUGCCCCUGGUCCACCGGGACCUCCAGGACCUCCGGCAACAGCACCACCUAUAUUAUAUGGUCCACCACCUGGAAAGCCUUGGCCAGCAGGUUUACUUUCAAUCAUAUUUAAAUUAGAUUUUAGUGAUGCCAUCUAUAAUCUACUGAGUUUAAGUAAAUUCGCUGAGCUCGCGGAACCUGAAUUUAAGCUCACCAUAGGUUCGCCAAGGUUGCCCACGGUCGACUCACUGCUGGAAACGUAUUACAAUAAAGAGAAGUGUCUUGAAUACCUUUUUAAAGUAGCUGACAGUUUUUGAGUUACAGUCGUGUAAAUGCAAACUAUACGAAGUCUUAGCAAAAUAACUGUACGUAUAUAAAUAAGGUGCUUCAUCAAGUCAGAUGAUUUUCCCUCUGGUCACCUUUCAUUAUUCUCGUUGCUUCAUCUAACCUAAGCUACUCACCACCAAGGGAUGUUAUCUACUGCUACUGGGGUCUUCUCUCAAUUAAAGAAUUUAUUUAAUUACUGGCAAAAUCAAAAGAAUCUACAGUUGACUAUAACCAGUAUUACUUAAUACCAUUCUCAUUAACUUUGGCUUUCCUUUGUGGAUCAGAAGUGACUACCAGAGCAGAUGGGGCUUAGAUAUUUAUAAUGAGAGGCUGUUUCUCUAAAGAAUCUACAGUUGACUAUAACCACUAUAUCUUAACAUCAUUCUCAUUAACUUUGGCUUUCCUUUGUGGAUCAGAAGUGGCUACCAGAGCGGACGGGGCUUAGAUAAUUAUAAUGAGAGGCUGUUUCUCCCUUCUAUUUUUAGGAGUACCCUUGCCAGUUUGGCCUGAUGAUGGAGCAACACCAAAUCAUAAACCAACGGGUAGGUGCCAGGCGGCUUUACCAGCUGGUCGGCUUUGCAGUUGAGCAUAUAAACUUUAGCCAUGGAUACUUUAGAAGUUUGUGAUGAUACGAAAUAGUUUGGACAAUGUAUCGAAGUCUUCUUCUUUACUAUCAUUUCCUUAAUUCUGACUCAAUAUGGCUGUGAGAGAAUAUUCAAAAUUAUAAUAACCGAUUAGGUAAAAAAGUUAAAGGCGUACACGAGCAAAAGGUCCAAACGAAUUAUCCCGGUUUCAUUAGCAUGAAGCAUGCGAAGAAAGACGAGAUGCUAGUCCAUCGUAAGGUUACCGCCCAGCAGUAUGUCGCCGGUACCCAUUUAUACACCUGGUUGAAGAGAGACAAUGUGGAGUAAAGUUCCUUGUCUAAGGAAACAACGCGACGGGCGAAGCCCUCCAGAUCCGGAGUUCAAGGUAUAAACCGCUCGGCCACACACGCCUUCUCAUAAUAUUCCAUUAAGGACGCUCAGAUAGAAGGCGCACCGUCCACUAGACGAUAGUUUACAGUCCAAUUUCCAAAUGCAGAGACGCUUAAUGGAUAUUAAUUGUAUUGGUUGGUCAGCCAGCUGCUGCGGCACUCUUAAGCGGUGCUUGUGAAAUCAUUAUGACGAUACUAAUGAUGAUGAUGACUUUGUUAUGGUGACGAUGAUGACGACGAUAAUGAUAUCAGUUAUUAUGACUAAAUUUCGUAUUUUUUUUUUGUGAUAUUAGAACCAGUAGGCCCGGCCACUCCUGCAGAUUCCACUGGUCCACAAGGUGCAACAGGUAAAAUCCUUAUUCUUUUGUAGUGUCAGUAAAUGUAGUCUGCUAGAAAAAAAAAAUAAUGUCAUUGGAAAGAAGUGCUGAAAAGCACUUUUCUCUUUUGAAUUGUCGCACUUUAAAUUCUCCUCAUACUGACUAUUUAAAGAAUUCCCUUUGUGAAUCGACUGUCGUUCAACUGUAAGCUUGAACUGUAAGCUUAAAGCUUGGUCGGGCAACUCCCCCGUACAAAGAUGUGGUUUCUCCACAUCAUUGGUUAAAAGAAAAGCGGUCAUUAAAGAGUGUUUAAUUAUUUUCAACCCCAAUGACAAAAACAAUGGACCUCGUAAAUCCGUUUGUUUUAAGGAUCUUUAGACCCCAUGCCCGAUGUGACCACUAGCUGCCAUUGGAUCUCGGUCUCCCUAGCCUACUGGUUGCUUCCUGCCACCUUUGGUUUUAAUCCCUUUAUGUUAUAUUUGUAAUAUUUGUCUCUUAUUACUUGUGUCUGUAAAACUAAGUGCACUUUGAUCAGAAACAAAGCAUUUACCAUUUCAUAUCAAGUAAGUUGACGUUGCAUGCUUUUUCUUUAAAUAAGGACCAGUUGGACCCCAAGGUUCACAAGGGGAAAUGGGAGGGAUGGGAGCACCGGGUGCUCAGGGAGACCCCGGAUCGGCAGGACUUCCCGGACCACCAGGACCACCUGGUCCUUCAGGCAUACCUGGUCCACCAGCUACAAACGCGUCUUCUGUAACACCUUCCUUCACCUCUGCGGCUUCUGGAGCAGCUGGACCGACAGGUAGGAGAUUCUACAGUUAACUCCCGAUAUCUCGAACCCUCGCUAACUCGAACCUCGCGCUAAAUCGAAUUAAAAACGAUUUUCCCUCGAUUUCCGUCAUUUAUUUACUGUAAUUUUACCCUCGAUAACUCUAACCUCCCUCUAACUCGAAGUAAUUUUUGCUUCCCCUCAGAUUAUUCCUAUAUGAUUUUACCCUCGAUCAACUCGAAUCAUGUUUUGAGCCCUUAAAAAGUCGGGAAAAAAAACAGUGUAAUGGCGUCCGAAACAUUGAAUUUUGAAUUUCCCAUUGACGUUUUGUAGGCAUAUAGAUUACUAGUGGAUCGAUAGUGGAGUCUGAUGUUAUUUGUCACAAAUCUAACGUGAAACAGCUUUACUUCUCAAAAAGUAGAAUGCAUGCUCCAUUUAAGCAAUGUUUUGUUACCUUACGUUCUGAUUUAUUACUAUCGGGAGAUUUCCCAUUAAACUCACGCUAUACUUCUAAUCAUGAAAAUAUGCCUUUCAAUAGAUUGAAAUCUAGGGCAAUUUAUUAGAUGCAGCACAGAAUAUUAAACAUACAAAAAAUAAAAUCAUAGUUGUAGGUAAGGCAAGGCAAAUCAACUUUCAAUUGGCAAGUUUAUGUUGUACAGACCAUAUUGCUUCAAUCUAGUUUCCUUUGCAAAUUUUGUAUCAUUCAGGUAUGACGGGACCUAAGGGUCCUCAAGGAGACCAGGGAGCAAUGGGAGCUAUGGGAGCACCAGGGGAUCAAGGUAAUCAAGGAGCCGCAGGACCCCCUGGACCCCCGGGGCCACCAGGACUUCCCGGAAUACCUGCUACUUCUACGAGCGCUGCCCCUGUUAGUCCAGCUGCAGGAGCAUCUGGUCCCACAGGUCAGGACUUCUGACAAACUUGAAUUGUAUAGUCAUACUUCAGAAAAAAAAAUCGAAUUCUUUCCAAGAAGCCAUUUGAUGCUCACACUGAUCCGAUAUUAGCUUAUAUUCAAAAGUUUGCAAAUACUGAAUUCCCUGAAAUUUAUUUUACUUUUUUCAACUUGGAAAGUUUAUAUAUUCUUAUAAAUUAAGCCUGCUUCCUAAUGUAUUCAAAGAAAUGUUUUUAACGACCAAUCAAGUUCAUCCCUAUAAUACCAGAAAAUGAAAAACUCACUACUUAUUUCCUGCACGAACAAAUAUAAGACUUUUUGGUAUAAGAUUUCAGGGUCCUAAAAUUUUCAAUUCACUUAAUUACGAUAUAAAAAGUGCUGCUACUACUAUCUUGAAAACAUUUCAUUUUAGCUGAUUCACCGUCCAUCGAUGUAAAUAAUACUUGUUUAUUCUUUUUUUCUGUCUUGUUUUGCUUGCUUUUUAUCCUAAUUAUGUUUCAGUAUGAUUUCGCCGCUUAUUUAUUUAACAAUUAAUGAAUGAGGCUGAGUAUUUUAUGAGGAAUUACGGAGAUACCAUCUCCAUAAUUCUUCAUAUGAUACGAACGCCAAAUUCAAUAAUUGUUUUAUUAUUUAUUCAAAAUAAUUCCUAGUUUAAAUACAUAGCUAAAACAUGCUUACCUCCAUCGAUGUUAAGUUGAUCUUCGAUAGAGCACUUUUAGGGUUGUUCAGCUCCCCAAAUAUUCUCCUAAUGGCAGAUGUCGCCCUUCGAGUUGUCCUGUUGCUGUUCUUGCCAUGUUUUUAGCUAUUAUUUCGCCUAGUUCGUACUCUUGAAACGAGUGAAAUGUCCGCCAUUUUUAUUUUCACAACCAAAACAACUCAACAUUGUCCCUAGGUCAUCUCGGUUAACGGUGCAUUAACCUACAAGAAAGCUGCACUUUUGACGUCAUCAGUUGAUUAAUCGCAAAAUUCUUCGAAAUUUGGUCAUCAGUAGCUGGUUAUGGUGAAUUAUGCGCGUGCUUUUAGCCAACCAGAAUCGGGAAAAUAUUUUGAAUGAAUAAUAAUGAUUAUUAGUCUUAGGUUUAGGAGGGAGCUCAUAUAAUAAACCCCAAGGUUUCAAUUUGAGCUUCCUCGCCAGAAAAAUACUUUUAAUUCUUUUACAUACAAUUACGUCUCUUUAAUAUUCAACUGAUAUUUUUGUAAUGUAUUGAAUGUCUGUUUGUAUAUAUAUAGAGGAUAUUACACGGUGGCUCGAAGAUAUGAAUUUUAUGUUCGAGUGGCAAGAACAAUAUCUCACUCGUUCGCUUCGCUCACUCGUGAGAUAUUGUUCUUGCCACUCGAACAUAAAAUUCAUAUCUUCGAGCCAACGUGUAAUGUUCUUUUUAUUAUAUGGAGAAACCAUUUCAACAAAAGCAAAAGGCGGGAAUCGAGACGUCAUUGAACGAUACGACACUCACAAAGGUGUCAUAAGGAAUCUUUAGUCUUUAGUCUCUUUAAUAUUUAACUGAUAUUUUUGUAAUGUAUUGAAUGUCUGUUUGUAUAUAUAUAGAGGAUAUUACACGGUGGCUCGAAGAUAUGAAUUUUAUGUUCGAGUGGCAAGAACAAUAUCUCACUCGUUCGCUUCGCUCACUCGUGAGAUAUUGUUCUUGCCACUCGAACAUAAAAUUCAUAUCUUCGAGCCAACGUGUAAUGUUCUUUUUAUUAUAUGGAGAAACCAUUUCAACAAAAGCAAAAGGCGGGAAUCGAGACGUCAUUGAACGAUACGACACUCACAAAGGUGUCAUACGGAAAAUACGCCACUCGGGUCCCGGAUGAAGUGGCGUAUGGAAUCUACGAGUGGUUUAGUUCCCAGUCAAACACUCUCCUCCAUAUAAUAAAUAUAUAUAUAUUUUUCUGGCUAAUAAACUGAAACUGAAACUAAAACUACAAUUAAUGCUUUUGGGGAUGCUGUUUCAUGAAUAUUAGAUGUUCGAGUUUCUCAUCAAUAUAACUCCAUUUCUUCAGGUGCAACUGGUCCCAAGGGUCCUCAAGGAGACCAGGGAGCAAUGGGAGCUAUGGGAGCGCCAGGGGAUCAAGGGGAUCAAGGAGCCGCAGGACCCCCUGGACCACCGGGGCCACCAGGACCUUCCCGUAUUCCUGCUACUUCGUCAAGCACUGCCUCCAUAACCCCAGUUGCUGCUGGAGCUUCAGGUCCCACUGGUGAGUACUUCCGAAUGCCUAAGCAACUUGGGGUGUAGCUUUAUAGAUAGGGGGCUAAAAUCUCUAAAGAUUAAAACCUCUAUUUUAUGUUCCAGGCUUAACUGGACCUAAAGGUCCUCAAGGAGACCAGGGACUAAUGGGAGCUAUGGGAGCACCAGGGGAUCAAGGUGAUCAAGGAGCCGCAGGACCCCCUGGACCACCGGGGCCACCAGGACCUUCCGGUAUUCCUGCUACUUUCACAAGCACUGCCUCCAUAACGCCAGCUGCUGCUGGAGCUUCUGGUUUCACUGGUGAGUACUUCCGAAUGCCUAAGCAACUUGGGGCGUAGCUUUAUAGAUAGGGGGCUCAAAUUUCUAAACAUUAAAACCUCAUUUUUUCCAGGCUUAACUGGACCUAAGGGUCCUCAAGGAGACCAGGGAGCAAUGGGAGCUAUGGGAGCACCUGGGGAUCAAGGUGAUCAGGGAGCUGCAGGACCCCCAGGACCACCGGGUCCACCUGGUCCCCCAGGAAUACCGGCAACUAGUCCCUCCCUACAUGCAUGUCCAGCAAUUUGUGUUAAAUUUUGUGUUGGUUUCUGCCCUAAAUUAAACUGCUGUAAAAAGUCUCAAAUCCCUGCAAAAAAGGCGCUUAUGAAAGACAAGCAGAACAUUAUGCCGAAAAAAGUUGAAUUAUCACUUAAUAGCCCAAAGGUGGCUUUGGUACCACAGCAGGCAAAGACAAAUUUACAAGUGAAACCAAGUGUUCAGGGACACCCGAUAGCUGUCACACAAAUACAUGGCCAUCCCCAAGUCCAGAUGAAAGAAAUGACUCCAGGGAAAACUCAAAAUAACGCGAAAAGGAAUAAGAUUAGGCACAUUAAACACAAGAAAUUAAAAUAG